UUCAAUAAUCUUUUAUGAUCAGCUUAUAAAAGGUUGAUUUUAAAAUAAAGCCGAGAUGAAUCCAAUAACAUUUAACAUCAUAAUAUUUUUAAAUAUGUGUAAUUUUAACUCUGUUUCAUAUUAUUUGCAACAAAUAAUUUCUUUCUUUUUUAAGUUGUCGUUUCUCUCUAUCUAUCUCCUCAUCACAUGAAUUCAUAUUUCUCUCUUUACUAUACACUCACAAACAAAUUUUUUCCAGGAAACUGUGCAGCCUCCAAAGUUGCAAAUAAUAUGAAACGGAAAUACUCCCUUGACUACAAAACAAUAACAUGGUCAAAGCAAAAUUAAUAAAUAGUGUCAAAAGUCAAAUCCGAACAACUAAUGAAAUGGACAGAGUAUCAAAUUUUGAAACAGACAACAAUUUAAAUUCUGCAUCCAAAUGAUACGAGUAAUCAGACUGAUCACAUAAAUUACAAAAGCCCAGAAAAUUCAUUCUUCAAGCAUAUCACAUGAACCUGAUUCUAUAAAUAUAUGUUUAGACAACAGCUAAUACAACUAUAUCACUAAAUAAGUAGUUCUAUAAAUCUACUAAAAUGGCAAUGACAGGAAUUGCUCCCUUGACCAAACAAGAACUAGCGUCAAAAUUAGUUCAAGAGAUAGCUAAAAAAGGAGAUGAAAUACCAGAGGAUUUUUUCCGCAAAGAUGGUUUUCCUGAAGCCAUUGAUGCCCCUGAUUUGUGGAGAGGUGAUUUGCUCAUUGACUUUUCCCUUCUCUCUUCGUACUCUGAACCUGAACUUGCAAAGCUCCGAUCAGCUCUCUCCAAAUGGGGUUGCUUUCAGCUCAUAAAUCAUGGGAUAGAAGUCUCAUUCCUUGAAGAAUUUAUUGAAGUUUCCAAACAAUUCUUCGCACUUCCCUUAGAGGAGAAGCUCAAGUACUCAGCAGCAGAUGACAUCGAUCAAGGGUAUGGCACAGAUUCAGCUUAUUCAGGCUCUCAAAUACGAACUUGGAAUGAUAGGCUACUUCCUUUUCUCCUUCCUAAGGAAAGAGUCAGGCUUGAAUGCUGGCCACAGAAGCCAGAGAAACUCAGGGAAAUGACAGAGGAAUAUUCAAAAAAGAUAUCAACGGUCAAUAAGGUCCUCUGCAAAGCAAUGUCAAGGUCACUUGGCUUAGAAGAAAACUGCUUAGAGUUCGGAAAACAUGGACCAGCAAUAGCAAGGUUCACCCUUUAUCCUCGUUGCCCAUGUCCUGAACGUAUUCUAGGAACAAAACCUCACUCAGACCACACAAUGAUCACGUAUCUCUUGCCAGAGGUCGAAGGUCUCCAAAUCUUAAAAGAUAGUCAGUGGUACAAAGCGUCAGUCAUCCCAGGCGCACUGUUUAUCAACUUUGGUGAUUUAGGAGAGGCUCGUACUAAUGGACUAUUUAAGAGUGCCGUGCACAGAGUGACCGCGAAUUCUGCAAAAGAUAGGAUAUCUGCAGCCAUGUUUUUCAACCCAGAUGAUGAUGAAGUUGAACCCCUAAAUGAAUUGAUUUGUGCUGAUCAGCCACAACUCUACAGAAAAUUUACCAUGAAAGAAUAUAGGCCAAAAAUCUACGAGAAUUUUAGUUUAGGCUUAAGACCACUUGAUGCAUUCAAAGUUUAGUACCUACUACCUACUCUUCAUUAGAGUAUGACUCAUUUCCAUUCUAUUUCAUGGGUGCUUUACUUUUUUAAAAGAGUGGUAACAGAACUUUUCUUCUGAGCUUGAUAAGAUUGUUCGUUAGUACACUUAGUGUGUAUAUGUUCCAAUAUGUUAGUGUCAAUGAUGUUAAUUAAUUAGUUCGAGUAAUAUAGGGAGCACUAUAUGUGCACUUUUUUACCCAUGAAAUGAUUGACGUAACAUAAAAUUAUUUAGAGAAGAUUGCUACUAAACCAGAAGAAAAGAAGAACCAACAAAAGCAAGGUCUAUCCACUAUCCUCCUAAGUCAUGUCCAUGACCUCUUUUUCUAGAGAAAGAGGCCAAUGGUCACAAAUCAUCAAAGAUGAUCAAUUCAAAAUGUUACAAGGUCUCGGUCAUCCCAGGGGCACUAUUUAUCAACUUUAAUCUGGUAACUUGGGGGAGAUAAGAUUGAGAUGAUUGCACUUUGCAGGUAGCAAUUUAUCGGGUGUUCAAGAGGGCAAGUCACAGGGUGCUAUGAAAUCAGAAGGCAGGAUAUUUGUGGCCAUGUUUUUCUCCCGGAAAGAGGAUAAUGAAAUUGGACCUCUAAGUGAACUGAUUAGUGCUCAUUGUCAAGUUUACAAGAAGUUCAACAUCAAGUCUAUGACUCUAUGCCAGCAUGAAAUACCACUCGCAAUAUUGACCACCAGAUACCUUUUAACAAUGUAGAUAAUUAAGCCCAAAACUUGAGCAGAAGCACUAAAAGAUUGGGCAUUUAACAACCACAGAUGGGCACGCAGGUAAGUAAAGGAAGUAUAAAGUUGAGUGUAUCACAUAUCCCUUGACUUCAUACCAAUAAAAGCUUGUCUCACUUGGUAAGACUUUUACCUUAGACCCUAGAGGCUAGAGGUUUGGUGUUCGUAUCUUAUCAUGUGAAGGUUGCUAGGAGGUGACAAUCUCCUUAUCUUCCCUCCCUACUUCUUAGUUCCAACCGCAAAUGGCGCAAAUACCCUUAAGUCCUUAACUUCAUACACUAAUGCCAAAACUCAUUUUUGAAAUGCUUGCGUAGCAUAUCCCAUGAAAUUGAAAGAGUACCAUGAUUUCAGGAUAAAAAAAAUAAUAAAAAUAAAAAUAAAACAACAACAACAACAACAACAACAACAACAACAACAACAACAACAACAACAACAACAACAAAAACAACAACAAAAACCUAUAAAUGGAAUCCAAGCAUAUAAUUAAAGUGGAAUAUAUCUAAGCAAGAGGUAGUUGUAAUCAAAGUUGAAAUACUGGAUCAAGAGGGAGGCAAAAUGAGUGAUGACAUACCAGAGGAAUUCCUGCACAUAGGUGGUUUUGAUGAAGCCAUUGUUCAUGCCCUUAACCUAUGAUUGUAUGAAUAGCAGUUUAUAUAGUAAGCU